AUGCCACCAAGCGCGCCACCAGUAGCAGCGCUGCGUCGGGCACCAGGCGCGGGGCCAGCAGGCCCGCCAAGCUCUGGCUGAAGCGCCGCUGAAGCUUCCUGCAGCCAAUCCGACUCCGAGCCAGCGUCGCCACCCGCCCAGAAGCCAUGCCAGCAUCGUGGAAGUCAAUCCCCGCACAGCGAGGCGUCCACAGCAUGCAGGGACUGACCGAGCAGGCGGCAGGGUCUGUGGGCCGGAUCUAUGAGCCUGGGGGGCCGCAUCUGGCCCCCGGACCGUGGUUUGCCAACCCCUGAAUUAAACUGAGUACAGUGGUACCUCAGGUUAAGUACUUAAUUCGUUCCGGAGGCCCGUACUUAACCUGAAACUGUUCUUAACCUGAAGACCACUUUAGCUAAUGGGACCUCCUGCUGCUGCCGCCGGAGCACGAUUUCUGUUCUCAUCCUGAAGCAAAGUUCUUAACCUGAAGCACUAUUUCUGGGUUCGCUGAGUCUGUAACCUGAAGCGUCUGUAACCUGAAGCAUAUGUAACCUGAGGUACCACUGUAGUUUUACAUGGAUUUUGAAUGAAUGUGCGACUAAUCGCUGUUUUGAAUUUUAUUGUGUUGCAACUGUCCCUGAUGCUUUACAGUGGCACCUCGGGUUACAGACGCUUCAGGUUACAGACGCUUCAGGUUAUAGACUCCACUAACCCAGAAAUAGUACCUCGGGUUAAGAACUUUGCUUCAGGAUGAGAACAGAAAUCGUGCAGAAGUGGGAGGCCCCAUUAGCUAAAGUGGUGCUUCAGGUUAAGAACAGUUUCAGGUUAAGAACGGACCUCCGGAACGAAUUAAGUUCUUAACCCGUGGUACCACUGUAUAGUUGAAAUUCCUGCACUGCAUGGUGUUAGACUAGAUGACCGUUAGGGCCCCCCCCCCAACUGCACAAUUCUAUUAAUAUCUUCCUUAGCGAGCCGCGUUAACCCCUGUAAUGCUUUCUAUAGAGUAAGCAUAGGGGACACUGGGGGAUGUGACUGUGGAACCAAGGGGGCAGUGGGCCAAAAGAGUUCGGGAUCUACUGCUUUAAACAGAAAUAAGAGCCAGUGGGUUCUUCCUUUUUUAAAGUAUCGUUUCAGCGGGGACAGCAGUCCGGAUUUCCAAAAAGCGGCGCUUUUUUGCGUCUGAGCAAAGAAGAGAGAGAGGGGAAAAAAGAGAGAGAUUGAUUUGUGGCUGCGCAAAGGGAGGAGGAGCCCAGGAGUAAAAGUAGGAAGGACGAAGGGAGGGGAAAGGAAAGUUAAUAGAGGGAAAGGCGGGUGGGAGAGAAAGAGAAAGAAAGAGGGAAGGAAGGGGGGAAGAGAAGUGGAAAGGAGGGAGACCGAGGCGGGGGAGAAGCGUUUGGAGAGUUGCUCCGAAGUUUGGGGGGCCGCGGGGGGGUGGGCGCGCGGCCCCGGAGGCGGAGGCCAGCCCGGGCUGGGAGCCGCGCCGCGGCCCGGGGGCGGGAGGCGGACCGCGGCUCCUAGGAUGUGGAAAGGGGACGGCGGCGCAGGGGGAGGAGACCCGCACGGCUAGGGCAGAGCGCAGGGGGAGGGGAGCGGGCCGGAGGCGGGCGAGGGGGGGCCGCGAUCCCGCGCGCCGCGACCAUGGCCUCCUUCCCCGCGGGCCCCGCCGAGCCCCCGGCCGGGGAGGGCGGCGCGCCCCCGCCGCCGGAGGAGAGCAGAGGCAGGAGGAGGACGACGAGGGCGCAGCCGAGGAGGCGCGCCAACUUCUGCCAACUUCGGCGCCCGCCCCGUCGCCGCAGGCUCCUCCCGGCCGAGAGCCAGAGGACGGCGGCGGCGAGCUGGAGGAGGAGGAUCGGGUUUGGCGACGGCUGCUGCGUCCUCUCCAAGCGCGGGGCUCGCCUCCGCCGCGCCCGAUCCUCCGCGCUCGCCGCGCUUCUCGGCGGAGCAGGUCUCGUGCGUGUGCGAGGCGCUGCUGCAGGCGGGCGACCCCGGCCGGCUGGGCCGCUUCCUGGGCUCGCUGCCGCCCGACGCCGAGGCGCCGUGCCUGGAGGCGCAGGCGGGCGAGAGCUUGGCCAAGGCGCGCGCGCUGCUGGCCUUCCAGCGCGGCGACUUCGCCGAGCUCUACCGCCUGGUGCAGAGCCGGCCCUUCGGCGCGCCGCACCACCCGUUCCUGCAGGACCUGUACCUGCGCGCCCGCUACCGGGAGGCCGAAGCUGCCCGGGGCCGGGCUCUGGGCGCCGUCGACAAGUACCGGCUGCGCAAGAAGUUCCCGCUGCCCAGCACCAUCUGGGACGGCGAGGAGACGGUGUACUGCUUCAAGCGGCGCUCGCGGGCAGCCCUGCGCGACUCGUACGGGCGCAGCCGCUACCCGAGCCCCGAGCAGAAGCGGCGCCUGGCCCAGGACACCGGCCUGUCGCUCACGCAGGUCAGCAACUGGUUCAAGAACCGACGGCAGCGCGACCGCAGCGGAGGAGGAGGAGCCGGGGGAGGAGGCGCCGGCACGCCCAGCAAGAGGUGAGCGGCCCCGGGGCAUGGGCAGAGCGCAGCGCCACACUCUCUCGGGGCGCAAUCGCGCGCGCACUGCUGCGCAGGAAAGAGAAGUGGAACCUGACAAGAGCAGCCUACCGGUUGCGGGGAGGGAGCGGGGUGACUGCUGCCUCCCUGGCCUGAUUCUUAGCUUUGCCAGAUACAAUACAAUACGAUAAUCUUGAUUGUCCUUGUCCCAUACAGAACAACGAAAUUGAAAAAAUCAACAUCAGACAUGCAAAAACCAACAAGCCUGCUAUCCUUGCUAUCCCAGCCUGGUUGACCCCCUAAAAACUCUGAUACCCCAUAAUUAAAUACAAUAUUCCCCCCUAGAGACUACCCCUAGAGAUCACCUUACACUGUGUUUAAAACCAAAAUCGCAUUUGGAUAGAAACUGUUUCUCAGGCGGCUAGUCCUAGUCUUUAUAACCCGGUGCUGUGGGUUAAGCCACAGAGCCUAGGACUUGCCAGUCAGAAGGUCAGCAGUUCGAAACCCUGUGACGGAGUGAGCUCCCAUUGCUCGGUCCCAGCUCCUGCCAACCUAGCAGUUCGAAAGCACGCCAGUGCAAGUUGAUAAAUAGCUACCGCUCUGGCGGGAAGGUAAACGGCGUUUCCGUGCGCUGCUCUGGUUCGCCAGAAGCAGUUUAAGUCAUGCUGACCACAUGACCUGGAAGCUGUACGCCAGCUCCCUCGGCCAGUAAAACGAGAUGAGCGCCGCAACCCCAGAGUCGGUCACGACUGGACCUAAUGGUCAGGGGUCCCUUUACCUUUACCUUCUUCCAGAAGGCAGAAGCUGAAAGAGAUCAUUUCCGGGGUGCGUACUAUCCUGCACUAUCUCUGCAGCUUUCUUAUAACACCUGAAAGCAUAGAUUUGAUCCAAGGUGGGAAGAGUGCACCCAAUUAUUCUCUCUGCACUGUUGGGAAGCAGGAUGCAGCCCAACUAGGACUGCAGCAGACCCCAAGUAAGUCCCAUUAAAGUUGGAGCUUACUCUUGAAGAAAUGGGUUUAGGAUUGGACCUGGAUGUGGGUCAGAACCAGCUGGGCUUUUCUAAUAUUCUUAAAGACCUCGUACUGAUAAUUAGGGGGCAGACCCCCAACUCUCCUUAAAGGGAUCUUGAAGUUCUGAAGGGGACUUUGGGGUCUUCACGGAAAACCCAGCAUCAUCUAGACACUUGACUCCAACCCCCCAUAGAAUACCUAUUUCCUCUGGAUGGGCUUUUGGGAGACAUUGAUGCCACCUAUUCUUAGUUCAAGGUCCUCCCAAGUUUCAGAAAAAGUCUAGGGUGAUGGAGAAGUUCCUGAAUCACAUGAGCUUCUCACUUUAUAGUAAGCACUCCCAGGAAGAGAGAAGGAGCCUGCUGGGAGACCCCUCUCAAAGUUUUAUAGGUCUCUAAUGGACCCUUUACAAAGUUCCUGUCCUUCUAGGGCAGGGGUAGCCAGGCUGGUGCCUUCCAUAUGUUUUGGGAUUCUGGCUUCAAUUCGUCUCAGCCAGCAUGAUGGGUAUUGUCAUAGGGCCUUCUAGAAACGGGACUACAAUACCCAUAAUGCCUGACCAUUGGCAGAUUGGGAGACACCCGAUUUCUGUCGCACGCAUUGCAAACUCCUUUCCCACUGCCUGGAAAAAAGGUUGUCGAAAGUAACUUCCAGCAAAAGGAACAACCAUUUUUACAGAGGCUGGGAAAUAAAUGUGGCAUAUUGUAAGGAAUUACUAAACUCUGGGUGCUAAGAAAGAGGGGUAACAUCAGUUACAUCUUCUCCAGUUCUAGCCAAACCAAGAAGAGCGAGGUAUGGCCAAGGCUUUGCAAAACCCACAAGCUACCCUAAAUUUCAACUCUUGUCUUCUGUGUGAGAGUGCUGAGACAGGCUGCCUCAGACACAGGAACAGCCUUGUAUUUGCACAAUCCACAAAGUGGGCUACGGAAGGCUUAAUCCUGCCUGGUGCCCCCUAAAAGGUAAAGGGACCCCUGACCGUUAGGUCCAGUCGUGGCCGACUCUGGGGUUGCGGCGCUCAUCUCGCUUUAUUGACCGAGGGAGCCGGCGUACAGCUUCCGGGUCAUGUGGCCAGCAUGACUAAGCCGCUUCUGGCGAACCAGAGCAGCGCACGGAAACACCGUUUACCUUCCCGCCGGAGUGGUACCUAUUUAUCUACUUGCACUUUGAUGUCCUUUCGAACUGCUAGGUUGGCAGGAGCAGGAACUGAGCAACGGGACCUCACCCCGUCGCAGGGAUUCGAACCGCCAACCUUCUGAUUGGCAAGCCCUAGGGAAGUUUUUAAUGACUGAUGUUUUAAUGUAUUUUUAGGUGAAACCCAGCUAGGUGGACGGGGUAUAAAUAAAUAAAGAAAGAAAAAUAAUUCCCUGUAAAAAGCAUUAUUCAGAAUAGCGAUUCGCAUGACCCAGAAAAGGGAAGAUAAUAAUGCAAUAAAAUUCCAAACAGUCAUUAAACGUCCAGUUCAAAUUGCUUAGUUUACUUAAUUCAACAAGAUUUGCUGAUACCAGCUUUUCAAAGUCUGAUAGCCAUUUACACCUCCAGUGCCCCCCGCCACCCCCUGGCCUUUUACUGCCCCCUGGGUAAUCCCCCUCCCCGCUUUGGGAACCCCUGGGUAACACCACUGCCUUACUUUCGAAUAAAUAUGUGUUGGAUGGGGCUGUAAGGAAGGAAUGAGGAGGUGGGAGACCUGAACCCUGCAGACAGAGCCUUUCCCCUCCCUGGUUUCUCUCUCCCCCCCCCCCACAUUUUGGGUGCUUCCAGAGCAGGGUGCACCCAGGAGAGUGAAGAGGGCUUUUCUCUUCUAGCUGUUCCUGGGCACGGAGGAUUUUUUGUGUGUCUGCCUUUGCCUUCCCCUCUGCAAACAAAAGGGAGAAACCACUUGAGUUUGAGAAAGUUCUAGUUCAUUCUUCUAUUGCAGACUGUUCAGGGGGUGGAGAACAGCCAAGCUGGCUACUCCAGAUGUUCCUGCAGCUGGCGCUCUCUCUCCUCUCCCCCCCCCCCUUUCUCUCCUGGGAGAAAAACUUUGCCUCCAGUUAGCUGCACUUUGCAGCAACGUAGAAGGCGCCAAGCUCAUCCCCUUUGUUGUGAAAUGUGAAUCCCUUGGCUUUGAAUUUCCUUGGGCUGAGGGUGGAAAUUACCUUGCCCAAGGAGCCCAGACUCCUGCCUUCACUCUCCAACUAAAGAUCUAUUUCUCAGUCCUUUCUACCUCAGAAACAUAUACUGUACACUGAAUACCACCGGCUCUCCAGGGACUUUCCCAUUCCCUGCUACCUGGUCUUUUUAACUGGAUUUGAACCUGCGACCUUCUGCUUGCAAGGCGGGUGCUCUAAGCAUUGAGCUACAACCCUUCCCCACAGUAAAUCAGGGGUUGGGGCUUGUUACACUGCAGGUGGGGGCUCCCACAAUCCGUUCAAAGAAAAUAAUUCAAAGAGGCUUCCCCCCUGGCCAGGGUUAGAAACUCAGGUAUAUAACCUAGGUGCCAAAUUGCUCUUUAAACCAGUUUUCAAAACGGAACGCCUAGCUGCCAUUUUGGGUCUCCAAAGUUUUCUUUUUCAAAUGAUGGACUGGCUGUGAUUGAUUCUCAGUUAAAACAUUUUGCUAGAGAAGAAUGGCAAGGUCAAGUUGAUGGAUUAUGCCGAAAUGGCUAAAAUGACCGGAAGAAUCAGAAAUCAGGAAGACCAUAAUUUUAAUAAGGAAUGGGGAAAAUUUGUAACUGAUCUUAAAGACCACUGUAAACAGUUAAAAUCAUUAGUAGGAUUGGAAUAGCACUUGUAAUGGGGAAUUUUGGAUACAGUGGAGAAAGAAAAGAUGUGGAUUAUUCUAAAAAGAUGUAGGAAAUGAUUAACAAUAGGACCCACAAAGGGGAGGAGGGAAGUCCCAGAGAUUCCUCGUAAUCUUGUUUUUAUGUUGUAUGUUCAACAUGUGACUGCAUUUUGCUAGUUCAGAUGACAGCCUUGAGCUAGGUUAAGAACUAGGAGAACUUAAACAAGAAAAGUCACUUGAUCCAGAAUCAGUCUACAUAUAUAUUGGCCUAUUCCAACUUCUUUUUCUUAAUGAUGACACGGACAUUUCAUAACGCAGGAAUAUUUUGCACAACCAUGAGCAGGGCCAUGGGGUAGGGUAAGUUAAGACAGGUGACGACAGUUAACUAGAAGGUUGUUCCCUGCUCCUGCUCAGGCUGCACGGAGAACACAUUUUGGUUCCUGAAGUUCAUUCCGAUUGUGCAGAUAAAAAUAUAACUGAUAGAAUUCUGCAGGAUGUUUUGCUAGUGUGCGAAAACAGUCUAGAUCCAGGCAUGUACCUCCAGAUGCCGGAGACGCCAGAUGCUAUCCUGGUGGCCAGGUAUCUUCACUUGGUCACUAGCAACCAAUAGGUAAAGGUAAAGGGACAUGUGGGCAGCAUGACUAAGCCGCUUCUGGCGAACCAGAGCAGUGCACGGAAACGCUGUUUACCUUCCCGCCGGAGUGGUACCUAUUUAUCUACUUGCACUUUGACGUGCUUUCGAACUGCUAGGUUGGCAGGAGCUGGGACCGAGCAACAGGAACUCACCCUGUCGCGGGGAUUCGAACCGCCGACCUUCUGAUUGGCAAGGCCUAGGCUCUGUGGUUUAACCCACAGCGCCACCCACAUCCCAAUAGCAACCAAUAGCUAGGUGCGAAAUGCACCCGGCACCCGGCUAAUUUCUAACACUGCCCCCAGACAAUACCAGCAUUUCUGUGCAGGGAAUCUGCACCACUGGAGGUUUUCAGAGAUUCAGGGCAGAUACAAGGAAGUAUUUCAUGCAAUGCAUAAAUAACUUGCAGCAUUUCUUGCCACAGGCUAGAAUGAUGGCUGCUCCCGGUAGGUUUCCGAGUACAAUUCAAAGUCUUGGUGCUGGCCUUUAAAGUGCUAAAUGGCUUUGACUGUAUAUACCGGAAGGAGCAUCUCCACCCACAUCGUUCAGCCUGGACCCUGAGGUCCAGAUCCGAGGGCCUUCUGGUGGUUCCCUCACUGCGAGAAGUGAAAUUACAGGGAAUCAUGCAGAGGGCCUUCUCGGUGGUGGCACCCGCCCUGUGGAACACCACCCCAUCAGAUGUCAAGGAGAUAAAGAACCAUACAACUUUUAGAAGACAUCUGAAGGCAGCCCUGUAAAAGAGAAAGUUUUUAUUGUCUGGUGUUUUGUUGUGUGGUUUUUUUAUAUUCUGUUUGAACAGAGUGGCUGGGGCAACCUGGUCAGAUGGGCAGGGCAUAAGUAAUAAACAGUUGUUGUUGUUGUUGUGGAUUAGACCAGUUCAUAGAGGAGAAACUCAGUGGCCCAUCUAGUCCAACAUCCUGUUCUAACGGUGGCUGAUCAGGUGACCAUGCGCAGAAUUUGAGCGCAAGAGCACUUCUCCCCCCAUCCCUGAGAUUCCCAACAAAUGUUAUUCAGAGACAGUUCACUGUGGCAACCACGGCCUAGGACCUACGUACCUAUGGGACCGCCUCUCCUGGUAUGCCCCACGGAGGACCUUAAGGUCCACAAAUGGCAACAUUUUGGAGGUCCUAAGUCGCAAGGUAGUUAGAUUGGUCUCAACUAGGGCCAGGGCCUUUUCAGUACUGGCCCCGACUUGGUGGAACGCUCUGUCACAAGAGACUAGGGCCCUGUGGGACUUGACAUCUUUCCGCAAGGCCUGCAAGACGGAGCUGUUCCGCCUGGCCUUUGGUUUGGACUCAGUCUGACCCUUAUGUUUCCCUCCCCUUAUGGUUUUGACUUUUAAAAUGAGGCUGCAUUUAAAAUUGCGUUUUAACCUGUAUUUUAAAUUGGUUCCCCCUCCCCAUUAUGUUUUUACUGUCAUUUUACUGGUGUUAGCCGCCCUGAGCCCAGCUCUGGCCGGGCAGGGCGGGGUAUAAAUAAAUAUUAUUAUUAUUAUUAUUACUACUACUACUACAUCCUCAACCUCUUCUCCUUUACAGCGAGUCUGACGGGAACCCCAGCACGGAGGACGAGUCCAGCCACGGCACCGAAGAAACCGAAACGUCCAUGGGGAUUUCUGCAACCCCCGAAGGGAUGCCUACCCCUAACAGCCUGUUCCUGCCAGCCGCUUGCUCCAGCGCCUCUUCCAUCCUCCUCAACGGCAACUUUAUCACCGCUAGCUCCCCGACCAUGCUGCUGAACGGCGGCUCCGUCAUCCAGACUCCCAGCGGAGGCGUCAUCCUGAACGGCUUGGCUCUGGGCGACAACCAGACCAUCACCCUCAGCCCCGUGGCAGCGCCCAGCCCGCCCAUCCUCCUCAACGGAUCCAGCCCCCUGCUGGGUGGCAAGCCCCCAGGCCCACCCGGCAGCCAGGAGGCCAACAAGGCUCUCCAGGAGCCCCUUGCCCCGGCCACCGUCAUUCUCAGCCCGGCUGCCGCGCUUCAGGGGGAAGUGAAGUCGGAAGCGGCAGAGGCCCUGGCGUUUGGCGUCGAGGUCAAGCUGGAAGAGGGGCAGGGGUCCGCCCCACCCCUGUUGCCCGUCCGCGACGCUGCCACGCUCCUCUCCAACCACAAGGGGCCCCUACUGGCGGCUGUUGCCAUGCCUCAAGUGGUCCCAUCAAACGACGAGACCCCCACGGCUGCGCAGCAGCUGCCCCCAGCACCUCAGCCAUCAGCCACAUCUAGUCCUCAGAUGGUUCCUCUAGCCAAGUUGGCCCCUGGUGCCCAAGCCCUGCCAGCUCCCCAGGUGACCGCAGCCACGGUCGGUGGGCAGAUGGCCCAGUCUUCCCAGACUACCACAGCCACGCCGCUGCUUUCCAUGCCAGGCCCCUCGCCGCCCCAGGCCGCUGUUCUCCACGUCCCUGCCCCAUCCCUGGUCCCCAUCGCCCAAGUCUCGCCCCCUUCCCAGGUGGUGCCGCUCUCCCAGCCUGUCUCUGGGACCCAGGUGCUCUCCCCGUCCCAAAUGGUGCCUGUGUCCCCGACGCAGAUCUACGCCGUCCCGCAGGGGGCAUCUGCCCCCCAGCUCGUCUCGCUCCCCCAAGUGGCCCAGGGCUCCCAGAUUAUCUCUCUGCCCCAAGUUGUGCCAACCUCCCAGGUGGUCACCCUGCAGCAGGGCAUGGGCAGCCCCAUCCAAAUCCUGACCACUGGCGGCACCCCCAUCAAAGUGGGGGCCAUGGCAGGGGCGCCGCAGGUGGCAGUGUCGGCGGGAGGAAGCCUUGGCCAGAGCAACGUGCACCUCAUCAACGCCAACGUGGGCAUGACCACGCUGCAGAUCCCGGGCACCGCACCAGGUAUGUGCUUUGGGCAGAGGGUGGCCAGGGAGGUUUCAAAAACAAUUCAAGGGAUUCAGGAAACUGGGCUGAAUCAAGGACUCUGGGGCGCCGCUUGCACCAUACAUUUAGAGUGGUGCUGGACUAGGACCUGGGAGGCCAGGGUUCGAAUCCCCUCCCAGCCAAGAAACUUGGUGAUCUUGGGCCAAUAAUUCAUUCGCAGAAUUGUUUUGAGCGAUAAAAUGGGGGAGGAGGAGGAGUACGUAGGCUUAAAUGUGGUUUAAAUGCAUGUGGUUUAAAUGCAUGUUCUUUCUUUGAUGCAUAGGUAAUAAAGGAGGACUAUGUUAUGUAAAAGUUAUGUAGUUUCUCAUGUUGUUUUCUUUCAUGUACCCUUUCUGAUAACUUUUCCAUCAAAAUUAAUUCCCAGACAUAAGCAUACCAAACUUCAUAUAGGUUCACAUUUAAUGUCCUCCAGUGUCUAGCAACAGCAAGACGUGCUGCAGUUAUAAGAUGCACAAUUAAGUCUCUGUCUCUAAGAUUUCGUGCUUCAUCUGCAAAUAUAGAAAGCAAUGCUAUUUGGGGAUCUAAAUUGAUCGAUUGAGAUGUAGUUUGUUCCAUUUCCUGAAAUAUUUUUAGCCAGAAGUUUUUAAUCAAUGGGCAUUUCCACCACAUGUGUAUAAAUGUUCCUUCAUUCCCACAAUUUCUCCAACGUGGCGAAGCAAUAUUUUUGUCUAGUUAAUUAUUAUGUAUUUGUUUCUAUCCCACUUUUCCUCCAAGGAGAUCAAGGUGGUGCACAUGGUUUUCCCUCUCCUUGUUUUUUCCACACAACAACCCUCUGGGGUAGGGUAGGCUAAGAGACAGUGACUGGCCCAGGGUCACCCAAUGAGCUUCAUAUCAGCGUUGGGAUUUGAACCCUGGUCUCUGUCAGGCCCUAGUCCAACCACUCCACCUCAUUGGCUCUCUUGGAGAGUGGGGACCGCCUUGGAGAUGUUUGCUGAUUUGGGUGGGCGGGGGGGAGAGGAAAUGGGGGCUCUGUGUCCCUUCCUUUGCUUAAGGAGCGUCUCCACCCCCAUCGUUCAGCCAAGACACUGAGAUCCAGCACCGAGGGCCUUCUGGCGGUUCCCUCACUGCGAGAAGUGAGGUUACAGGGAACCAGACAGAGGGACUUCUCGGUGGUGGCACCCGCCCUGUGGAACGCCCUCCCUUCAGAUGUGAAGGAAAUAAGCAGCUAUCUUCUUUUUAAAAGACAUUUGAAGGCAGCCCUGUUUAGGGAAGUUUUUAAUAUUUAAUGCUGUAUUGUUUUUAACACUCGAUUGGGAGCCGCCCAGAGUGGCUGGGGAAACUCAGCCAGAUGGGCGGGGUAUAAAUAAUAAAUUAUUAUUAUUAUUAAGAUUUCCCCGUUUCCUCUCCAACUUAGGCAACAUCCUCCUGACCAACCCGGCAACGGGGAGCAGCACCAUUGUCACCGGAAUGGCUUUGCAGCAGGGGAAGCUGAUCCUGACGGCCACCUUCCCGGCUGGCAUGCUGAUGACGCCCAUCCUCUCAGCCCAGGCCGCCCCGACUCUGACCCUGCCCAUCAAGCAGGAAGUGGCGACCGUGAUGGCGCCGGCUACUCUGGGGAGCGGCGAAGGCGGCAGCAUGUUGCUCUCGGGGGGUGCUUCCGUGCUCCCUCCUGGAGUCUCCCCGCUCUCGGUGCCCGACAGCACCGGGCCGGCCGACUUGGCUUUCAGCACGGACUCCGGCCAAGCCGGCCUCCUUUCAAACUUCUCCCAGCCGGACGGCCUGGCCAUGUCUCAGCAGCAGGUGGUUUGGCCCAGCCCGGUGGGCAUGGACCUCCAAGGGACCGGCGCCGAGGGGCUGUUUGAGAUGGACAAGAACUCUAUGGAGGUGCAGGGCGGCCUUCUGCGUCUCCCGGAGGGAGAGGGCCUUUUGCUGGACGCCUCUGGGGGAGACCCGAUGGGCCCCGAGGCUCUGGACUCGGACGAGAAGGUGCUAACCCAGCUGCAGUCUGUGCCGGUGGAGGAGCCUCUGGACUUGUAAGCACCCACGAGGUGUGUCGCAGAGUCCUCGCCUGCCCACGGAACGAUAUUUUAAACCUGCUAUCCUUGGUCCCCACCUGGUCCAGACAGGAUGCUACAAGUGCCUUGAAAAGGGAAACCUGGCUGAGCCCCUGCAGUCUGUGCUGCUGCUGCACAUCUUUUUUUUUUUUUGCAAACACUACAGAAGGAAAAAACACAGCACUGGGACACUGCUGACCCCUUUAUCCGGUGUGUACAACUGCCUGUUCAGCAACCCUAGUGCCACCUUGUGGCUGCCAGUCAAACAGCAAGCACUAUCUUCCCCUUGGAGGUGUUGCCCAUUCACCAUGUUUCUUUCCUCCCUCCCCAGCCCUCCUAAAACUCAGGCACAGAGUUGAGGGCGUUUUCUACCUUCAUGACCUUUCUGCCUUUUUGAAGAAGCCUACCUAACAUCUACCAAGUUCCUUGGAAAGCUAGAGAUUUUCGUUGAUACUGGGGCAGGGAGCACAUCAUAUAGACCAGGUAUCCCCAAACUUGGCCCUCCAGCUGUUUUGGGACUACAAUUCCCAUCAUUGCUCACCACUGGUCCUGUUAGCUAGGGAUGAUGGGAGUUGUAGUCCCAAAACAGCUGGAGGGUCGAGUUUGGGGGUGCCUGAUAUAGACUGCCCUUUGUCCACCUGGCAUCCCUGAGAGGGGGCUGAUGGGAGUUGUAGUCCAAAACAGGUCAGCUGACUUACACCACAAGGAGAGCCUUCCUCUCCCCUCAUCUAUGGUGCUAGGGAACGGGUCCAGCUGCUAGUCUGAGCCCAAGUCCCAUUUCGGAGGGGCAGGAAGGACACCCAAGGUCCCAGUGCUUGUCUCCUGUUCCAGUUAGGCGUCUACUCUUUCCCAGGGUAGGGUUGGGGUGGCGAGGCUAUUGUCAUUCGAGCUUGGCUUCUCGCUGGCUUUUAGUCUUGCAGUGCUGUCCUAGAGAGGUGAACUGUCCUGUUCCAAAGUCAAACGCUUUGGCGGUAGAAAACAAUGCAGACAUUGUUCCAGUCCUCCAGGGCAGAGAGAAGCCUGGCUAGAAUGUCUCUCCUGGACCCAUCUUUUAUCUAUGGAAUAGCUUUCCGGCGUUUUAACCCUGAGCUGAUCUCCGCUGCUCUGGGCGGGAACAGCGUAAGAAGCACAUUUGUUAAUUGUGGGAUUGGAUCCUACAGCAGUUAGUCCUGCCAUUAAAGGCACAUGGGAGCAGGUGUCAGGUGUGGAUAUACAGUCUCUUAAGCCACUGUAAAAAUUAGCUUUAGCUGCACCUUGAGAUCCCCUGUGUUGGGGGAUUGGGAGCAGAAGCCACACAUUAAUCUGGGACGCUCAAGGUUGGGGGUCAAUCCAGCUUGAAAGAUAGAAAUGUCAUGCAGUCGGGCCAGACCGAGCAUUACCCCCUUAAAAUACUAUUUGCUUUGAAAACUCGAGUUUCCUCCCAAACUUUCCCUGGGGCUGUUUCCUCUGAAUGCUAAAAUCAGCAAGUGGUCUGCCUUUUUUAUUUUUAGACAGAGAAGAAAUUAUAUAUAAAUAUAUUUAAUAAUGUAUUUUUUAGAAGAAAAGGCAUUUAAAAAUCAGUUCUUUCCCCUUAUUUUUUUAUAAGCUGGUGGCAUCUCUCCUUCCUAUAUAUUUAACAGUUUCCUUGUCAUCUUGAGGGGAGAAGAAUUAUUUUUUUCUUUUCGCUGACGUUUUCCAAAACCUUUUCUCACGCUGCACCCAGGUUGCUGGUGGCAGACUUUAAGACAGUGAGCAAAGUACAAGAUCCAAGACCCUUGUGCGGGGACUGAGGAAUCUUCCAUAAGUGAAAAGGCCUCCAUCCAUAGAUCUGCUUUGGAGUGAGGUGGGAAGGACAGGACACAACUGUGUUCCUUCCAGAUACCUUGUUCUAUGUCAGGGUGGGGUCUGUAGCAGAAUGCAUUGCAAAUAGCCCCACAUCCAGUUCCCAGGCAAGGCUAGGGGAAACCUCUGUCUGAAGCCCUGGAGAGCCAGUCAGUGGAGACCAGCCUUUGCAAACAAAUGCUUUUGGACUACAACUCCCAUCAGCCCCUGCCAGUACAGCCAGUGGUCAGGGAUGAUGGGCAGUUGUAGUCCAGUAAUACCUGGAAGGCUGUUCUUGGUCAGAAUUAGCCUAAGGCAGCUCCCUGGCUUUUUAGCAUUAGAUAACAGUGCAGGGAGUUAUACAGGGCAGAAAUUUCUGGCUUUUGUUUUCUUUUUUUUAAUGGGGCCAUGCUAACUGGAUCCUGCUUCAGGACCACUCAGUACCCACAAAGCUUUUUGCUGAGUGUGGAUGGUACACUAUUUGAAAACAGCUGUCUGCUGGGGCGGCCAGGCCUGUGUCAAUCAACAUGUUUUGCUGCAAAGAAAUGGGGAGGGGAUGCACCUCAUGGAUCGUACCCCUCCUUACUGCAAAAGGAUGGGCUCGCUGUUCCUCCCCCCCCCCCCACUGCUGCGAUGGGAUCUGAGCAGAGGGUUUCGAUUGUCCAUCUGAAUGUCUCCUAACCCAACACUUCCCAAACAGGUACUACAGCUACACACCUAUUUUCCACAGUUUGUGAGAAACAAUCAUUUCUGCAAGAUAUUUUUAUAUCCUUUUUUUACGUGUACGUGUGUCUUUUAUAUAUAUUUUAUAUAUAUAUAAAUAUAUUUUAUCCUAAA